GUAUAUGUAUGAGUCUCAGCUGUCAGUAAUCAUUAUCUGCUGUUUGGUCACCAUUUUACUAUACCUGUACUGAGGACGGGCUUUGCCUGGCUUUGGUAUAGAGAGCAAGUGCAACGUCUCAGCCUUGCUUAGUCAGCAACCCAUUAGGGUCCUGACAUCGACUCUCCCAUAUUGGGAUACGCUCAUUACUACACACGCGCUACGCUUCUACACCUCAUACGACAUUCCUUCCAGCAUACCAGCAAACCCCACUUGCACAUAUACAUACCCUGCAUCAGUUACAUAUAUCUUGUUCGUGUCUGGGGAUCAAAACUGAAGAAGGAAGAUUUUGCACGUAGUAGUGUGAAUGACGGAGUGAGCGUAGGUGGGGAAGCCGGGGGCAAAGUCAUAUAAGCCCUGGCAGGCUCACCUGACGGCUGGACAGAACAUCGUUGAAUGUGCAACACGGGGACCUUUGGAGCGGUUUCUCCUACCGAAGUUCUCCCUAUCUUUCGUUCUCGUCCUUGGCCUUCCAACUUAGAGGUCAGCAGGUCUGCGCGCAAAAGCCAGGAAGAAGACUACCUCGCUGGAACUAUCUCCAGCCGCAGCGUCAUGGCUAGGACUAUGAACGGUAAUAAAUGCUCCUCCUUUCGAAGGGAGAGAGACAGUCAGCAACGGACAGAGAUUUACUCAUCCCAAUCGUCGUUUUCUAUCAGUCAUCUUACUCUCGAAAUGCAGCGCUUCCUCACCGCAGUCACCGAGGCCAUUGUCGGCGGUCUUGGGUGGAAGAAAUUCAUCAACCCAACCGUCACACGCGGUUCGACUGCUUGGCCUCGCGACUCGGGUGAGCAGGAGAAACACGGCGUCCGCUAUGACUAUGAUGGGGAGCAGGAGAUCGAUGGCACCGUCUACCACAAAUUCCAGAUGCAGGCGAAUGCCGGCAACAAGAUCCCGUCUACUAUCAAGAAGUGGCGCUCGAAGGCGGAUCGCGGCACGCACGUAGUCAUGGCGGAUGUGUUCGUUCCCAGGGGUGGAGGUAAGGACGACGUCGAGGCCGCUCUCAAAAAGGCCCACGAGGGAGUUAAGGGUGCUUAGUUGUCUUCUCCAUGUACACACCGCUCGCGCAAAUGCCGUUUGUUGAUUACGUCGAAUAUGUACUGGUAUCUCGCUUG